GGGACAACAACUCCCAGAGUGCGCUGCGCCGCCGCCGCGACCAAGAUGGCUGCGCGGGUCACUGCCUUCCUCAAGGAUGUCUGGGCCAAGGAGCCGGUGCUCGUCGUGUCCUUCGCCGUCGGGGGCCUCGCGAUUAUUAUGCCUGUACUCAGCCCCUACACCAAGUACUCAAGCAUGAUCAACUCGGCCACACCCUACAACUACCCAGUGCCCCUCCGAGACAAUGGGAACCUGCCAGAUGUGCCCAGCCACCCCCAGGACCCCAGAGGCCCCAACUUGGAGUGGCUGAAGAAUCUGUGAAUACCUUUGCUUACAGCGGACAGGGAGGUGAACCCCUUCCCUGGGGCCUCAAUAAAAAUGUGAAAACCAAA